GAUAAAUAUUUUUUAACUUUAUUAUCUCUAACUAGCUAAAUUUCAGUAAUAAAGCUAAUACGAACUGUGAAAAAUGUGGUUCGGCAGCAUUUUGACAUAUUUCUCUCUCGCAAUUUUGGUAGAGUCUAAAAGUGUGCCAACAAUUUCACCCAUAAAAAUUAAAGUUAUUAACGGAAACGAUGCCCAAAUUGGUCAAUUCCCGUGGCAAGUAUUUAUCAUUUGUUUACGCUCAAAUCUCCUUGUCUACUGUAACGGUGCCAUAAUUAAUGAAAAAUGGGUUCUGACAUCUGCAUCUUGCAUUGAUAUAGUUGGCAUGACUGCAUAUGUGUAUCCAGGAAUAGUUAAUCUUAAUUCAUCGACACCGGAACUUCGUAUUAGUAGGGAAGUGCUGAUUCAUGAAGAUUUUGAUUUUGCGACUCUACAGAAUGACAUUGCUUUAAUAAAACUUCCAACUGAUUUGGAAUUUAACGAAAACAUUAAACCAAUUGCUUUAGAUGAAGAUGGGUUACCACCUGGAACAAGUGCCACUAUCAGUGGCUGGGGACAUUCCAGUCACGACGACGUUCAGAACUUCAAUCUAACCUCUGUUCUGCAAUAUGCUGAAGUCCCUGUGAUCGAUAACAAAGAGUGUGAACAAAUUUACGGUCCUGACGUUGUUACUUCAAGUGUGGUUUGCACGAAAAACCCAAAUUCGGUUAAAGGUCCCUGUUUACACGACGGUGGAGCUCCUUUAGUUAUUAUCAAUGCUGAGACGAAAAAUCCAAUACAUGUUGGGAUUUUCAGUUUUGUAGGGGAUAGCGCUUGCGAGAAAAAUUAUCCUGCGGGAUACACCAGGACUGCAGCGUUCAGAAAUUGGAUAAAGGAAAAAACUGGUGUUUGAAAAGUAUUAUAUUUAUUGUACAAAAAAAAUACCUACUUUGCUAUUUCUAUUUUUUUUUAAGUUCUGUACAGAUAGAUUUUUUAUUUGUUUAAUUUUAAUUAAAAAAACUGGUGAUUAUUUUUGGAUGAAAUUGUGUUAUUUUUUUUUUUUUGAAAAUAAAGCAACAAGUGUUGA